AUGGCGACCAAGGAGGCGUUCGACGCCGCCGCGGAGGCGAUCAAGGCCGUGCGCGAGACGAGCCAAGAGGAGAUGCUCGAGCUGUACGCGCUCUUCAAGCAAGCGAACGUCGGCGACGUGAACACGACCCGACCGGGUAUGCUCGACUUCAAGGGUAAGGCGAAGUGGGACGCGUGGAAGACCAAGGAGGGGAUGUCGAAAGAGGACGCGAUGACGAAGUACGUCGCGCUCGUGGGCGAGCUCAAGGCGAAGUACGGGAAGUAG